UAAAAUCCCCUCAAGAAACACACAUAAAUUUAGACUUCAAGAAGUAGUACUCCCUCUUGUUAUUAUGGCAUUCAAUAUUGUAUGUUUUCCCUUCCUUUUUUCUCUUUUCCUUCUUUUCCCUCUUUCAUGUUCAUCUUAUUCAUCACAAAAACAUGACACUAGCAAAAAGAGCCAUAACCACCAACAUGGUUCAUCAUCACUUCCUAGUAAUAUUCAACAACAAUCAUCAUCAUUGGACCAAAAAACCUCAGAUCAUACAAAUGGUAAAUGGAUUCUUCUUCAUAAAUCCAUUGGCGUCUCUGCCAUGCACAUGCAACUUCUCCAUAAUAAUAAAGUUGUCAUCUUCGAUCGGACCGAUUUCGGUUCUUCUAACCUUUCUCUUCCUCAAGGCAAAUGCAGGUACAAUGACGAAGCCCUCAAAGUAGAUUGCACAGCUCAUUCUAUCCUUUACAAUGUCGCCACCAAUACGUACCGUCCACUCAUGGUACACACAGACGUUUGGUGUUCCUCAGGUGCCGUUAACUCCAACGGCACCCUUAUACAAACGGGUGGAUAUCACGCUGGUGAACGUAAAAUACGAUUAUUUUCACCGUGUGCUGAUGAAGAAAUUUGUGAUUGGACGGAAAUUUCACAGAAUCUCAUCGUUAAACGAUGGUAUUCAACCGAUCAUAUACUUCCUGACGGACGUAUUAUAAUCAUAGGAGGAAGAAGUGCUUAUAGCUACGAGUUUUUCCCACAAAAUUCAAAUAAUAACGACGUUUUUCACCUCCCGUUUUUGAAGGAAACAACUGAUCCUAAAGAGGAAAACAAUCUUUAUCCGUUUUUAUACCUAUUACCCGAUGGAAAUGUGUACAUUUUUGCUAACCAACGGUCGAUAGUAUUGGAUUACGCAAAAAAUAGAGUUAUUAGAGAGUUUCCAUUAAUUCCUGGUGAGAAAAGGAGUUAUCCGGCGACUGGAUCAUCGGUAAUGUUACCAAUGAAAUUAGUCACUGGUGAUUUUUCUCCCUUGGUGGAGGUGAUGGUUUGUGGUGGCGCUAAUGGUGGCGCGUUUUUACAAGCGGAGUUGGGUGGAUUUAUGCCUGCUUCGAGAACAUGUGGGCGGAUUAAAAUAACGGAUCCGGAUCCUAAAUGGGUCAUGGAGGAUAUGCCAUUGGGUCGGGUCAUGCCUGAUAUGUUGUUGUUGCCUACAGGAGAUGUGAUUAUAUUGAAUGGAGCAUCAAAAGGGACAGCCGGGUGGGAAAACGCGAUUGACCCGGUAUUGAAUCCGGUUUUAUACAAUCCGAAUCAAUCCGACCCGAAUAAGAGAUUCAGUGUACUCAACCCCACUAGUAUUCCAAGAAUGUACCACUCAGCAGCGACGUUAUUGCCAGAUGGCAGGAUAUUAGUGGGUGGAAGUAAUCCACAUAUAAGGUACAACUUCACAGGCGUAAAGUACCCCACAGAGUUAAGCUUAGAAGCAUUUAUGCCACCAUAUUUGAGUCCACAACACUCUCAUCUCCGUCCAUCAAUCAUGACCGUUGAAGGAUCCGUAUCGUAUGGUCAGAAAUUCUCCGUCACAUUUACCCUCGGGGUUUCUCAGGCUACGAACGAGCUCAUGGUAACCAUGAUCGCACCAUCAUUUACCACACACUCGUUCGCAAUGAAUCAACGAUUGUUAAUUUUGGACAUCGUAGAAGUUCAACAACUGUCAUCGUUCGCCCAAAAAAUUACGGUGUUUGCGCCUCCAUCGUGUAAUAUUGCACCUCCCGGUUAUUAUAUGGUGUUUGUGGUUCACAAAGGCGUUUCUGGACACUCGAUUUGGGUAAAAAUGCAAUAAUUUUGAUAACCAAAUUUUUAUUUUAUUUAUUUUUGGUGUUGGAAUUGGUAGUUUAGAAUUUAAUAGGUGCAUUACUAUUUCACUAUAGGUAGUUGGAAAUUGGAAUAGGAAUUUAAGUACAAUUGAGAAAGGGUCAUAAUUUUUCUCAAAGAGGAAAAAGAAAAGAUUGGUGUAUUUUUUUUUUUUGUUUGUGUUUUUUUGUUGGUAUAAUUGCCUAGGUGAGUUAAUUGUUUAGAAUACAAAGAAUAAGGUAGGGCGUGUACAUGACCUCAAUACUCAACAAUAAGAAGGAAAAUUCCUUCAUUCUAGCAAAUUAUGUUUUAGUACAGAUGUAAAGUUUUUGAUAUAUGAUUAUUGCUUUUGAUUAA